AUUCUACCAAAGUGGGUCUCGCCCAUGUCAACAGCGAUUACGCGGAUUUGGACGUUGCGAUAGUCAAAGCCACGAACCAUGUUGAGUGCCCUCCUAAAGAGAGACAUCUCAGAAAAAUUCUUUUUGCCACUGCUGCUGUUCGACCCAGGGCUGAUGUUGCAUACUGCAUUCAUGCACUCUCCCGUCGACUGGCCAAGACUCGAAAUUGGACGGUGGCAUUGAAAACGCUGAUCGUCAUCCAUCGGUUAUUGAGGGAGGGCGAUCCAACUUUUAGAGAAGAACUUCUGAAUUUCUCACAGAGAGGACGCAUUCUACAGCUUUCUAAUUUUAAGGAUGAUUCUAGCCCAAUUGCAUGGGAUUGCUCUGCCUGGGUUCGUACAUAUGCAUUAUUUUUGGAAGAAAGACUCGAAUGUUUUAGGAUUCUGAAGUAUGAUAUUGAAGCUGAGCGGCUUCCCAAGCCUGCUCCAGGGCAGGAGAAGGGGUACAGCAAGACCAGGGAUUUAGAUAGUGAGGAGCUCUUGGAGCAGUUGCCUGCUCUGCAGCAGCUGUUAUAUAGACUUGUUGGUUGCCGGCCAGAAGGAGCAGCUGUUAGCAAUUAUGUGAUACAAUAUGCUUUGGCUCUGGUACUGAAAGAGAGCUUUAAGAUUUAUUGUGCUAUUAAUGAUGGCAUUAUCAAUCUUGUUGAUAAGUUUUUUGAGAUGCCCAGGCAUGAAGCCAUUAAAGCUCUUGAAGCGUAUAAACGUGCCGGUCAGCAGGCCGCAAGUCUCUCUGAUUUCUAUGAGGUUUGCAAAGGGUUGGAACUUGCCAGGAAUUUUCAGUUUCCUGUUUUAAGAGAGCCUCCACAAUCUUUUCUCACAACCAUGGAAGAGUAUAUUAGGGAGGCACCGCGAGUAGUGACGGUUCCAAAUGAGCCAUUGCUUCAGUUGACUUACAGAGCCGAAGAUGCUCCUGAUAUUGAAGACACUCAAGUACAUGUUGAAGAACAGGAGCCAUCAGUUCCUGUUGACAACGAUGUUGCCUCCAAUUCUGAGUCUGCACCUCCUCCUGCUUCUCUGCCACCGCCGCAGAACAAUUUUGAAACUGGAGACUUACUGGGAUUGAAUGACACCACACCUGAUGCAUCAUCACUAGAGGAAAGAAAUGCCCUUGCCCUAGCCAUAGUCCCCACCGAGAAUGGCACUACUGCUUUUAACCCAAGUGCUACUCAAACGCAACCAAAAGAUUUUGAUCCAACUGGAUGGGAGCUUGCUCUGGUUACCACUCCAAGUACCGAUAUUUCUUCAGUCAAUGAUAGACAACUGGCUGGUGGAUUGGACUCUCUUACUCUUAACAGCUUAUACGACGAAGCAGCGUACAGAUCUGCACAGCAACCAGUAUAUGGAGCACCUGUCCCGAAUCCAUUUGAAGUGAAUGAUCCAUUCGCCUUGUCAAGCAGCAUCCCCCCGCCAACCAAUGUCCAAAUGGCGUCAAUGGGGCAGCAACAAGUGAAUCCAUUUGGUCCUUACCAACAACCCUUUCAGCCGCAGCCACCACCACAGCAGCAGCAGCAGCAUAUGCUGAUGAACCCAGCAAAUCCCUUUGGAGAUGGUGGCUAUGGGGCUUUCCCUGCACAUCCUGUUUCUCACCCGCAGAACAAUCCAUUUGGAAGCACUGGCUUGUUGUAAGGGAAUGAAUGCCUUUUUGGAGAUGCAUGCAUGCUUGUAUUUAAUCAAAACCAAGAUGGAUUUUCUACAUUUUAGGGUUGUGGAAAUUGUAAAAUGAUCAACUACUACUUUCUUCUUUCUUUGUUGCUAGAUAGGUUGUUUCUUGAUUGGGAUGCUUGCCUUAUAAAAUCCAAGACUAGACACAAAAUGUAAUAAUCAUUUUAUUAUAUAAAGAAUUGUGGAUUGCUUUCUUUGGA